GGAAAAGGGGAAAUGAGACAAUACUUUCCUUUCUGUCCCUUAGCUGCGGGGGCCCCCUUAAAUACUUUUGUAUGUAUAUCACAGAUGAUAACAGAGCACUGUUACUAGCCUAUGAGUCAUUAAUUUGUAUGUUACCCGGCAUUACCCUAUGGAAGAAGAACAUUUUGGAGUCGUACCACUAGAGGGACUCCCACGUCGCAAGGAACGGUAAAUGGGACUCUCCAGAUCUUCCAGAGCUUCGAAUAACGGUGCGUCGACAGCUCCCGAUGUCAAAUUCCUUGGCUUCCAGCUAAACAUUUAGGGGAACAGCUGGACGAUUGUUUGGCAAUAAGGUAUAACGCAGAAACGGAAUCAACGCCAAUCACAUCGGCUAAGAUUGCUUUCUCCCGUGUGGCCAGAGGCCAGAAUGCUGGCCAGACAUGGACGUCCCAGAGUACCUGGAUCUGGACGAGAUUGACUUCAGUGACGACUUAGCUUACUCAGCCAAGAGCAUUCCAGAGCUGUGCAGAAGGAACGAUGGGCAGAAUGAAGAGAGACAAGCCCCAGCCAUCAACUGGAGCCGGGGCGUGCCGCACAACGGGGCUGGUGUCAAACCGACCGGCAUCGCCGACGUGUACAGCAAGUUCAGGCCGGUCAAGCGCGUGUCACCGCUCAAACACCAGCCUGAGGUGCCGGACAGCGAGGCGGAGAGCAAGGGCCCAACGCAGAACGGCGAGCGGAGCAACGAUGAGCCAAAUGUGGCCAAAGCGGGCCAGGUGGUUGGGGGGGCACCAUCUGCCGGCGAGGCCCAGGGUGUGAAGCCCCGCAUGGGAGUGAAUGCAGGGGCCUUGCUGGGAGAGCUGGAGCAUUAUGACCUAGAUAUGGAUGAAAUCCUGGACGUGCCCUAUAUCAAGUCCAGCCAGCAGAUGGCGACUCUGCCCAGGAGGAGCCAUAGUCUGGCCCGCACCUCCACCCUGCCCCACAGCGAGAGCUCCACCGCGGGCCCCCAGCUCUGCGUCCUCUCCCCUGUCAAGUGGGCCGACAUGCGCAAAUCCAAAUCCCUGGAGCCAGACUUCCUGCGCUCUCCGACGGGCGCCUUCCAGCCGGUGUGCCCCUCCUCUGCCGCCGCUCUGCACUGCUCCUCCACUCCAGAGGGAGGCGCUCUGGCUAGUAGUAGGCCGUUCCCCGAAAUGCAGGCUCUAAAGGGAGGGUCAGAAGCAUCGGGGAGCCAGUCGAUGCUGUUCCCCCUGCAAGGAGGCACCGCUGGCAGGCAGGAGGCGGGGAAGGCCUGGGGCGGCUCCAGGGCACAUGGGGAAUGUGACGAAGAGGCCAAAAAGAACCAGAACAUCAUCAACAUCGUCCGCGAGGGACAGAUCUCACUGCUGCCUCACCUGGCAGCUGACAAUUUGGAGCUGAUCCGGGACGAGGAGGGCAGUAACCUGCUCCAUGUGUCGGCCUCUCACGGCCACGCAGACUGCCUGCAGCACCUCACCUCGCUGAUGGGGGAGGACUGCCUGACGGAGCGCAACCUCGAGCAGCUCACCCCCGCUGGUCUGGCAGUGCAGAAUGGGCACCUGGAGUGUGUGCGCUGGAUGGUGAGCGAGACGGAGGCGAUCGCCGAGCUGAGCUGCACACGGGAGCACCCCAGCCUCAUCCACUACGCAGGCCGCUAUGGACAGGAGCGUAUCCUGCUGUGGCUGCUCCAGUUCAUGCAAGAGCAGGGCAUCUCUCUGGACGAGGUGGACCAGCAGGGGAACAGCGCCGUGCACGUGGCCGCUCAGCACGGACACCUGGGCUGCAUCCAGACCCUCGUGGAAUAUGGCUCAAACGUGACCGUGCAGAAUCAGCAAGGCGAGCGGCCUUCCCAGAGUGCCGAGCGGCAAGGCCACACCACCUGUUCCCGCUACCUUGUUGUCGUGGAGACGUGCAUGUCAUUAGCCUCUCAGGUGGUGAAGCUCACCAAGCAACUCCACGAGCAAACGACAGCCAGAGUGACCUUACAGAACCAGAUGCAGCUCCUCCUGCAGCCACUGGAGGCAGAUGGAUCUCAGCCCCUGUCCCCAAGUCACCUGAUCCCCCCGGCGGAGUCCUGGCCUGAGAUGACCCUGACGGCAGAGGUGUCCGCGGGGGACGGGCAGUGGGUGCUGAGGCAGCGCGGGGCCGAAUCAGAGACCAUGAUCCGGAAGCUUCUGGGUGGAGAGCAGCCGGAGCGGGCGGGUGAGGGCGGGGCUCAGAGGCGGUUGGGCGUCGCUGAGAAGAGAGAUCUGAAGCUGGCGCGGCUCAAGCAGCUGAUGCAGCGCUCCCUCAGCGAGUCGGACUCGGACGUGUACCCGCCCGACGACGCCAAGCAGGCCCCUGGGACGGCCUCUGGGACGGCCCCCAGGCCCGAGCGGCCCAAUCAGCUCCCCCUUGCUGCGGCAGAUGAGCUGCCAGCGCCCCCUGCUGGCCCUGCUGGGUUGUACACGCUGACGAAGAAGCAUCCUCAUCAUCCUCACCCAGCUCAGGGCUCCACCGCCGAGCGCAAGCUCUCCUUUGCGCUCAGGACUUCUCGAUCCGUGGACGGACCGGACCCCUCGCCCACGUCAGACGAGGCCGACCCAGAGGCCAACUCUGACGCAGGGGGGCAGAAGGUGGCAACCAGCCCCAAGAGCGCGCUUAAAUCCCCUUCGUCCCGCCGCAAGACCGCCCAGAACCUGAAGCUGCGCGUCACCUUUGAUGAGCCAGUCGCCCACAAGGAGGCGCCAGAGGGCGAGGCCCGAGCGGCCGCAGGGGAGAAGGCCGGCAGCAGCCGCACCUCUGAGUCCGGAGAGACGUGGAAGAGGCCUUUCGGGACGUUCCGCUCCAUCAUGGAGACGCUGAGCGGUAACCAGAACAGCAACAACAACAAUGUCCAGUCCGGUACUGGGUCGCCACAGGGGCCGACAGGUAGGAAAACAGACGGCAAAGCUGGGGCCACGGGCCUGCCCAAGGGCCGGAGCAAGCCCAGCGCAGUCUAAGUGCCUUCCUCUGGCCAGUUGGAGCCUCUCCAGGGCCCCUGUGGCUCAGCAGUGUUGAGGGCCACGGAUGGGAGACCCAGGGAGCACAUACCCUAAUAACUGUCUGCCUCAUAGUGAUGCAUGCCACUCAGGGUCACAGUGGCGUCUCAAAGACAGGAAAGGCAGAGAAGACAAAUGUUGACAUUCAUAAAACAUUCACCAUCCUCGAUGUCACAUACUUGAGGAUAAGGAUUUCUUUUACCACUCCAAUUCAAAGAGUAAUCAGGACCUUUUUAGAUUUUUUUUUGUUUUUUUUAGUUAUGCACUUAUUUAUAAUUUGCUUUUAGGAAGCACUCAAAAUAUAUAUCAGCACAAAACUGUAAUCAGUGUCACUGUAUAUAACAAAAAAAAAAAAAAACAUUUUGUAUAUCUAUGAUUUAUUUUGUCAAAAACAUGUAUUGAAACAUUAGCCAUGAAACGGUCAACAACCAAAUGCAAAAUGGAUGUGUUGAAUUGUGAUUUCUUUCCUAUCCUUCCAUGUUUGAACAAUGCUAAGGAUAAUCUUCCGUUAUUAAUUUCACUUCCAUGAAAAAUGAAUGACAUGAACAAUAAAUGAUGUCUCUUGUAAGCA